AUGAAAUUGCGCAGCCAAUCCUACCGCGAAAUGGUUAAAAUACUCAAAGACGCUGGUGUCUAUGUGGAAGGAAUGCAAACUUCAGAGCUUAAGCAGCUUUUGCAGACCGUAGAAAUGUCCACCAUGCAGCGAAUCGAGGCAAACCAGGAAAACCAGAAUUUCGAAACUGCCCGCAAUGAAGGCGAGCUGGAGGUUAAUUCAUCGCACCCCGUGGAGGUCCACCAAUCGACUACCGACAUGCUGCCGUCUGUGCUGACGCCUCGUUUCUCGCUUGCGCCCAUGGCUGGUGAUGUGGGUGUGGAUGUCUCUCAGCCUGGUUGCGAUCGUCCUUCCAGUGAGCCCCUUCUUCUGUCGCCUCGUUUUUCGCUUUCGCCCAUCGCUAGUGAUGUGGGUGUGGAUGUCUCACAGCCUGAUUGCGAUAGUUCUUCCAGUGAGCCCCUUCUGCUGACGCCUCGUUUCUCGCUUUCGCCCACGGCUGGUGAUGUGGGUGUGGGUGUCUCACAGCCUGAUUGCGAUAGUCCUCCCAGUGAGCCCCUUCUUCUGUCGCCUCGUUUUUCGCUUUCGCCCAUCGCUAGUGAUGUGGGUGUGGAUGUCUCACAGCCUGAUUGCGAUAGUUCUUCCAGUGAGCCCCUUCUGCUGACGCCUCGUUUCUCGCUUUCGCCCACGGCUGGUGAUGUGGGUGUGGGUGUCUCACAGCCUGAUUGCGAUAGUCCUCCCAGUCAGCCCCUUCUGCUGACUGUUCGUGCAGUUGUACAUCAUGCCCUUGAGUGGAGCCCCUCGGCCGAGCGUCAGACUGUACGCGAGCGUCAGACUGUACGCGAGCGCAGUGCAGACGGGAACAGCCGCGUACUCCGCAUUCGCCUCGCAUUCAAGCGUGUCCAAACCAACAACAAAAACAAUACCUACAGUAGCAACGAUCAUUCAUCCCCAUCCACUUAAUAAUUUUUUGUAAUAUUUGAGCUUCGCUUCUAUCGCGUGGCAUUCUUCCUCAGACGGAAGAACGUUUACAUCGGCUUUUCGCGUGCGUCCAGACAAGGGCCAUUUCCCUAACCCUAAAUUUCAUCCGACACACUCAGACCCGGCGAUUAAAUAUAUGUUCAACUAUGCUCUUAUUGAUGUUUCAA